AUGGAGGGUGUGCACUGCGAUAACGGCGACUGCACGCUCAAUAACGUUUGGUGGGAGGACGUGUGCGAGGACGCGCUGAGCAUCAAAGGCGGCUCGAGCAGGAGCGUGACCAAGGUUAUUGGUGGUGGCGCCCGCGGGGCCAACGACAAGAUCAUUCAGCACAAUGGGUUGGAAACCGUCUCCAUCGAGGGUUUCUACGCACAGGACUUUGGUAAGAUCUACCGUUCGUGCGGCACGUGCGCUGGAAUGCAACGGAAGGUGAUCAUCAAGAACGUGCUCGCAGUGAACGGUGGUGUGAGCAUUGCGACGGUGAACAAGAAUUGGGGCGACCAAGCCACGCUUGAGAACAUCAAGAUCAAGGGCAAGAAGUUGGACGUGUGCCAGUGGUCGGAUGGCACGUCGUCCGGCAAUCCGAUGAAUAUUGGCGCUGGUCCAUCAGGAUCGCUCUGCAUGUACUGA